UGCCCGAGCAGUCAAAGUGAGACAUUGGCGCUUCGAGCACGUAUCCGCGGAUACACCGAAAUAAAAAACAAAAAACACUCUGAAACUCAAACAAUCCAACACACAGCUGUGCCGCGCAAUAAGAUACAAAGACACUCGAUAUUGGCGGAAGAUGGAUGGGCUGCAAAGUGCUUGCAUCGAUGCUGGCGUUGAUGGACAGUCAUAAAUUCGGCGUGAAAUUCGCGCAGAUACUUAGAUACUUGGCCAUCCCGCAGAUACUUAUCGCGAUCCGUGACAAAUUGCGCGAGUGCGUGUGAUUUUGUGAUACCGAAAAGCCGUCCAAAUCCGUCGCUUAGCCCUUGCGGCCAAUUACCUUAGGACAAUACAAAACAUUAACCUGCAGGUAGAACGCCAGAGUCUAGCCAAUUGCCAGCAGGAUGCCAUCGGAUUAACUCUCCAGAUAUCCGGCUGGUUGUGACAAUUUUACCUUUGCUAUUGUCCACUGCAAUUUCCGCAUUUAAUUGUAGUGAAAUUCGUAGUUCAGUGCUGUGAAUAUCAGAAAAAGAACUCACUUCAACGGAGGUGAACGCCGUCGGCUAACUGAAAUUACUCGCAUCCACGACUAGGACUCCUGGCUUCAGAAUGGAUCCCGACUGCUUUGCGAUGUCCUCGUACCAAUUCGUCAACUCACUGGCCUCCUGUUAUCCGCAGCAGAUGAACCCGCAGCAGAAUCACCCAGGAGCGGGCAACUCGAGUGCGGGCGCCAGCGGCAACGGGGCGGGAGGCAGCGGGGGCGUGGUGCCUAGUGGCGGGUCAAACGGGGGCCAGGGCAGUGCGGGGUCGGCCACUCCGGGGGCCAACGACUACUUCCCGGCCGCGGCAGCCUACACGCCCAACCUUUACCCGAACACUCCGCAGGCCCACUACGCCAACCAGGCGGCCUACGGCGGACAGGGAAACCCCGAUAUGGUGGACUACACACAGCUGCAGCCGCAGCGACUGCUCCUGCAGCAGCAGCAACAGCAACAGCAGCAGCAACACGCCCAUGCGGCGGCAGCAGCUGCUGCCCAGCAGCAGCAGCAGCUCGCCCAGCAGCAACACCCGCAACAGCAGCAGCAGCAGGCGAACAUCAGCUGCAAGUACGCCAACGAUCCUGUGACGCCGGGCGGCAGUGGGGGAGGCGGUGUUCCCGGCAGCAGCAACAACAACAACAACAGCUCCAACAGCAACAACAACAACAACAGCCAGUCGCUGGCCAGUCCACAGGAUCUGUCCACCAGGGACAUAUCCCCCAAGCUGUCGCCCAGUUCGGUGGUCGAGAGCGUGGCCCGGUCGCUGAACAAGGGCGUCCUGGGCGGAAGUCUGGCGGCCGCCGCCGCCGCCGCCAGCUUGAACAACAACCACAGCGGAUCGGGAGUGCCCGGCGGUCCCGGGAACGUCAAUGUCCCGAUGCACAGUCCGGGCGGCGGGGACACGGACUCCGAGAGCGACAGCGGCAACGAGGCGGGCAGCAGCCAGAACAGCGGCAACGGCAAGAAGAACCCGCCGCAGAUCUAUCCGUGGAUGAAGCGCGUGCAUCUCGGAACGAGUACUGUGAAUGCCAAUGGCGAGACGAAACGACAACGGACCUCAUACACCCGCUACCAGACGCUGGAGCUGGAGAAGGAGUUCCACUUCAACCGCUACCUGACCCGCCGCCGCAGGAUCGAGAUCGCGCACGCCCUGUGCCUCACGGAGCGGCAGAUCAAGAUCUGGUUCCAGAACCGGCGCAUGAAGUGGAAGAAGGAGCACAAGAUGGCCUCGAUGAACAUCGUGCCCUACCACAUGGGUCCCUACGGCCACCCGUACCACCAGUUCGAUAUCCAUCCGUCGCAGUUCGCGCACCUGAGCGCAUAGGACGCGUGGCACUUUUCGGGUACUGGUUAGAGACUCAAUCAGUUGUAUCAGGAACCAUAUCAGACGGCGGCGGCGGCCUCGGCGGCCAGUGGCUACCAGUCGCAGGACGGUGGCUCAGUGGGGGUGGGGGUGGGAGUGGGAGUGGGCGUGGGUGGAGCAGGGGCAGGUGCGGGAGGGCCGGGCUCGCUGGCCAACGGCGGCACCAAUGGCAACGGGCCCAACUCCCUGUUCGCCUCCACCGCCUCCGGCUCCCAGGCACCCGACUGCAUCAAGUAUCCGCAGGAGUUCUGAUCUCAGGUUAUCAUCAGGCAGCAGCAGCAGCGGCAGGAUAACCCCGUCGAUCGGAGCCAGGAUCGGGGCCUUGACCAGCUUUUGGGGUCGGACUGUGAGCCCGAUCCGCAGCUGCAGCUGGACUUCAAGGCGGACAUUGUCGGCUGCAAUUUGUCCUGCUGCUGAGCUCCGACCAGGCCACGCCUCUGCCUCCUGCCGCCUACCACCUACCGCCCAUCGCCUACCGCCUGUCGCCGCCCGUCGAUCAACCAACAUCCAGUGAUGUUUCUUGUUUGCAACUGAUUCGUGUUAAGCUAAGAAACGAGCCAUAUGCGCAUGGUUCGUUUGGGUUUAUGAUACUGGAGGCGGAACCCCGGGCAAUCGCCGUCCCUCGUUGCGGUGACACUUUCGAAAAUUAAAGGGCUCCAUUUUGCAUAUCAGGACCAUGUUUUUCACGUCUUUAUGAAUCGGUUUCUCGUUGAUAUUUGAUGUCGAUGUGGAGUGGGCUCGUUCAGAUGUGAUUGAUGUUACUUGAGUAUGUUGCGCCCAGGCGAGUGCUCGAGGUCCCUGCAGUAUGAUGAAUCUCUUUCUCUAAGCAGUAUUCGAAAAGCUGUUAGUUCGUAAGCCUAGCAUAAUUCUAGCCCGUAAGCUGCACAGAUGGCAGACAGAGCUGUCGAGUUGAACAAAACUAAUAUCUGCAAUAACUUCAAAGUGAUUUCUAACUAACAUUAGUUCUUCGUUUGUACCGCCCAACCCCGAUCCCUACCAAACCCCACCCAGCACCCUCCAGGGAGUCCUAAAGAGUGUACUUAAUUCCUAGCUUGUAGCGAUCCUAACGCUAGUUAACCACAUAAGGCUUUGUUUAGUUUGUAAAUAGCAGAGCGGUCCGGCUCGGGGACCGCCUUUUUAUGUUUGUGUUUCGUCUUGGAGAAAAUGGAGAAAAUCUGGAAAUAUCUGUACUGUUUAAUUCAAUUUAUUUCGUGUGUUCGCGUUUGUGUUGUUGAAGUGCUCUAGCAGCUCGGAAAAUGCUUUACUAAUUUUAUCAAAAAUCAAUCGUUUUUAAUUUCCACUGAAGAACAAAUUCGGAAGACAAACAGGAAGUAAAAUAUUUCAAAUUAGCCUAGAACUUGCUAUAGGUAAUCAGGAUUUUCUUUAGAACAGCAGCUGAACCCUCCACAUUAUUUAUUCAAAGGCCUCCACACAACGUCUGUAUAUUUAAUUCGGUAGUUAAUCGAUACAGCAAGCCAACGAAAUUUGAUUGAGGCGAGCGUUGUUAAAGCCUAAGCUAAAGGAAACCCAUAACCGUAAUGUAAAGUAAUUAUUUAUGCUGUACUUUUCGCUAAGCUAAGGUUAGUGCAUUCUAGAACUAUCGGUAGUCUACGUGAACCUAGCUCGUAAGCCUAAAUUAUGUAUAUCGAAUUAGCAAGACAAAUUUUAGAGAAAGCAAAUCAAGAGCAAGGCGAAGCAAAUCGAACAAACUAUGGAAAAUGAGAGAAUCAAACAAAAAUACCUAGCACAAAUUAAUUAAUCGUUUUUUGUUUCCCAUUUUGUACAUUUGUUCAACCUUAGUUCGUACAUCUCGAUUGUUUGUUUCACGCAAUUUGUCGAUUGAAUUGAAACACCAUUUGAAGUCUUCGGUUUAAGGGGCACUCACCGUCCGCCAGGACUCAGUGGGCGCAAGAGUUUAACUGCAUUCCAUGUAAAAAAUAAAUUACGCAUCUAAUUUUUAAUGAAAUUCGCAUGUAUGUAUUACCUUAAUCCGGGUGCGAUUGCAAGGGCAACUAUAAUACAACAAAAUGGAAUCGAAAACAAAUCGGAGAAACUUCAACUAUGAAACCACAAAACCAUACAAAUAUAACGAAAACAAAACACGUAUGUAAACAUGUAUGAAUAUGUCAUAAAAAAUAAAAACUAUUUUAAAUUGUA